AGGAAACCUGAUUUUUGCACAGAAGGCAGUAGGGAACCCGGGACAAAGAAGAGAAAUUGCUGGCAAUGAUGGGCUGCGGGGGGAGGCAGUGAGCCAGGGGGGCUGAUUCUGCACCCUGUGCUUGGUGUGCCUCCCCGUCGCAGCGUGGCCGGGAUGAGGCUGGUGGGUGGAGAGUACGACGCGACGGGGAGUGUGAGCGAGGAGGAGGAGAUGAACGCACCUGGCGGUGAGGGUUUUGGGGAUGGCCGGGAGCCAAGGGCGAAGCUGCACCUCUCCGGCCGAAAGCUCUCCCUGCAGGAGCGAUCGCAGCCUGCCCGCUCGCCCGGGAGCAGCGACGGCGCCAACGAACGCUUCAUCUACCCAUCCCUCCCUUACUCUCCGGUGACGUCCCCGCACUCCUCCCCACGGCUGCCAAGGCGGCCAACGGUGGAGUCGAACCGCGUGUCCAUCACGGGACUGCAGGACUGUGUGCAGCUCAACCAGUACAAGCUGAAGGAUGAGAUCGGGAAGGGCUCCUACGGGGUGGUGAAGCUGGCCUACAAUGAGGACGAUAACACCUACUAUGCAAUGAAGGUUCUCUCCAAAAAGAAGCUGAUGAGACAGGCAGGCUUCCCCCGUCGCCCGCCGCCCCGUGGGGCCAAAGCUGCCUCCGAGGGCUGCCUGCAGCCCAAAGGGCCCAUUGAACAGGUCUACCAGGAGAUUGCCAUCCUGAAGAAGCUGGAUCACCCCAACGUGGUGAAGCUGGUGGAGGUUCUGGAUGACCCCAGUGAGGACCACCUGUACAUGGUGUUUGAACUGGUGAAGCAAGGCCCCGUGAUGGAAAUCCCAACUCUGAAACCUCUCAGUGAAGACCAGGCUCGGUUCUACUUCCAGGAUCUGAUCAAGGGCAUCGAAUACUUGCACUAUCAAAAGAUAAUCCACCGGGAUAUUAAACCUUCCAACCUCCUUGUGGGGGAAGAUGGGCAUGUCAAGAUUGCUGACUUUGGAGUCAGCAAUGAGUUCAAGGGAGCCGAUGCCCUCUUAACCAACACGGUGGGCACCCCUGCCUUCAUGGCCCCAGAGACGCUCUCGGAAACCAGGAAAAUCUUCUCUGGAAAGGCUUUGGAUGUCUGGGCCAUGGGGAUCACGCUGUACUGCUUCGUGUUUGGGCAGUGCCCUUUUAUGGAUGAAAGGAUCCUGAGUUUACACAAUAAAAUCAAGACCCAAACGUUGGAGUUCCCAGACCAGCCAGAAAUUACAGAGUUCUUGAAGGAUUUGAUUACACGGAUGCUGGAUAAAAAUCCCGAAUCUAGGAUUUCGGUCCCAGAAAUCAAGGAAAGUACUGUGCAACAGCCUUUCGCAGGAGAUUUCUGGUCCUCCGCCCCUGUGGGAGCCUGGAAGGGGCGAGAAGCUGAGAAAAUGCAGACUAAGUUGCACCCUUGGGUCACCAAGAAUGGAGCGGAGCUGCUGCCCACAGAGGAUGAGAACUGCACCCUCGUCGAGGUGACGGAGGAGGAGGUGGAGAAUUCAGUCAAGCACAUCCCCAGCCUGGCCACCGUGAUCUUGGUUAAAACGAUGAUUCGGAAGCGAUCCUUUGGGAAUCCAUUCGAGGGGAGCAGGAGGGAGGAGCGGUCGUUGUCUGCUCCUGGGAACCUGCUGCCCAGGAAACAAGGCAGUGAAGAUAAUCUGAAAUGCAACGAUUUGCCCAACGUGGGAGAGGAGGAACUUCUUUCUUGAACAUCGACUUUAUGGUUCUGUUGAGCCUCUUGGGCCGGGGCACGUUAUUAAAGUGUGCAGCUAAGGAUGAGCGGCGUUAACAGAGCCUACACCAAACACAGCAUGACAUGGCGCUAUUUCAGUAUAAUGCUGGAUGUAGAGCUUACAUAGCAGCAUGUUAUAAGACAUCCGACUACUUGUCAUAAACAUUGAACAUGAUCGCUUGGACUGCUGACUUCUUGUGGGAAAGGUGCUGGCUGGUAGCAGAGAGGUAAGCUAUCGUGUGGAGCAGCAACAGUGCUUUGCAAAAGAAAAAGAAAAAAAAAAAGCACUCAAACAAAAAUGCAUUUGGAACUGCUUUUACCUGGUUUUAAUGCCAAAUAAUUCCCAGGGACUAAUGCCAGCGUCCCGGGGGUGUUGCACGCCCAUCGGGUGGUCGGUGGGCACACGCAGAGGGUGAAGCUUUUGCCAAGCGGCAUACACAACAGUACAACUACACGUGCGCACUUUGAGAGUUCACGACCUACCGGAAAUGUUGUUGCAUCUAUUUCUCGUCGUUCUGGUUUGUUUUUAAUUGACACCUUUUUAACUGCAUGGGAACAACGCAAAAACCCACCUUUUCAGCUUUUUAAAGAAUGCCUACCUUUGUGAGCCAAGUUAUAUUAAACAGCAUCUUCAGGACGUUCAGAAAGUGAAGUUAAUUACCGGCUAAGGUAAUUAAUGCCUUUCCUAAGGUCUUGGUAGGUUGAGUUUUCAGUGUAUGAAAGGAAAAGGUAUUUAAGGGCUUAAGUUCAGUCUGAACUAUUUUUUGCUGCAGACAUGAGUGAAAGGUGGUUUUUAGCUGAAUGUUUGUUUUGAACAGCAGAGGAAGCACUAACGACAGUUUGUUUCUAAAUCUUUUACUUGAUCUAGGUAGAUAUAUUAUUAAAUAUAAAAUUCAGGGCAAAAUCCUUCACUUCCAUGUACAUUACAUGGUUUACUACAAUUAAAAAUAAUACAACUUAUGCUAUUUUUUAAGUAUAGACUUAGGGCUUGCUUAGAAUUUAAGAUCUUGAUGAAAUACUUAGAUUAGCUGGUAAUUUUCAAAGAAACUUUUGUUUUCCAAACUCUUAAUCUGGAUUUUGGGGCCAAUGCUAUGUAUUUUUUGCAAGUUCGUUACCAGUAAUUUGUGAAUGCCUGUGGAUCAGAGGCUUGUUAGUAAAUUAAGUGUAUACCUAAUUCAUGGGUUGUUUCUUAUGAUGAGCUCUUUCACCUUCAGUCAGAUUACUCUGAUUAUUUUGUGGUGCUUGUUAAAAAAAAAAAAAAAAAAAACCGAUCGUGUGGUGGGAGAUAUUCUGAUGUCCAGACUCACUUUCCCAAGUUCUCUGUGCUUGGACGAAGCUGGAGAACGGCAGAGUGUGGGUGAGCUGGAGAGGAGUCAGGGUUUGCUUGGGGAAAGGGGUGAGGGUAAGUACAGUUGUUUUGUGGAUGGAGCAUGGGACUGGGCAGGGGCCAGGGGGGAAGGUCUGACUUCUUUUCUGAGUCUGAUGGGGUUGUGUGACCUUGAAUGAGGAAUU